AUGCAUCUCGUUACUGCUCUCUUCGUCCUUACGACCAUUGCCACAACGACAUCCGCCCUCAAAGCCCGAUACUACAGUGAUGGUCUCUGUUGGAAACCCAACGUCGAAGUUGAUGUACCAGCCAAUGGAUACUGCUACAACUACAACUACGAGAACAGUCACAGCGUCAGCAUAGCUUCUUGCGAUCGCCUCCCAGGAUGCGGUUGCAUCUUCUUCGAAUUUGAAAACUGUACGGGAGUUAGGAGGAACGUAGAUAUCAAUGACAAAAACUGUGUCUGGAACUGGAACGUUGAAGGAUUCGCUUCCAUGAGGUGCUUCGAAUACGUACCAUAA